AUGGCUUGUGAUAUUCUGCAGUCAAUUAAGUUAGAUAACAAUUACAAAUCCUUUACUGAUAGAUAUUUCACCAAACGCUACAUAAUUGACUUCAAUGGAAUUAAGAAUAAUGACAUUAUGAUUAUGUUCCAUUCAAACAGAGUUGCAUUACUUUGUUUAGCACCAAGUCAUUUCUUUUUUAAAAAUAAUAAUAAUUUUAAAUUGAACUUUUCUGUAGGAAAUGUAGAUAGAUUGAGCAAUACUGUUAAAGGCAAGAGUAAGAAGGGAGGGCAGAUGUUGACACCCAAAUCAGUCAUUUGUAAGAUAGAUUAUGAAGAUGGCACAAGUUUUGAUGUACCUGGUUGCAUGAAGAGUACCCUGAUAGAAGUAAAUGAGCAACUUGUCUCUGAUCCACACCUUCUCAGAAAGAAGCCAGAUGCCGAUGGAUUUAUUGCAAUAUUGUUGUCUAGUAUUGCAAUAUCAGAUGCAACUAAAAAUGAACUGUUGUCUUAUGAGGACUACAUUAAAGUUAUUGAUAGAUUAACUUAACAUAAUAAAAUUUAAUAUUUCUCUGUA